UAAACCAGCAACAACCAACCGUUUCAACUGGACAUGAAAUACCCCAAUCUUUAUUUCCUCCUAAAACGACCACGCAAUUCAAUAAACGACGCCAGGUGGGAAAAGUAAAAUCGUCAAAGAUACUGCCUCUCUCCUCUCCAGAACCGUCGGAAGACAAACGAAAGGGUGCCGACGAAUACACGUUGAAUGUUGGUGUUGCAAUUCGCACAAUUCGUUCUGAUCUUCCCCGUUUCUUUGAACGCGGCCUAUCAGACACGUCAAUCUACUCUCAAAACAUUCUCCUGUCUGAGCCGUACCAUACACGACUAUACGUCCGCGGCAAACACUUAUACGUUGGAAUAGCUAAUUUACUACGCUGGAGUCUAACAUGGUACUUUGACGAUAUCGUAUUCGAAAUAAUCAACAUGCGCGUAGUAGACGCCAACACGGAUGAAAAAGAUAAUGAUGAAGGCAGUUUCCAUUAUCCAUUGGCUGAUGAGGCGAGCGCCAUCAAUAGCAACAGCGUUAAACCACUGUCUCGCCAUAAUGUGCUUCCAACAACAUUAAAUUCGCCUUCAAACAAAGAACCGUCGGAAAGAGAUACUCGUCUUUUCGUUCGUUGGACAUUUGAAGGCACUCCUCGUGCAUCUUAUUUCUGGUCACUUUUUUCAUCAAGUGACUCGCGUAUCCCUCGGUCCACUUUUUCUGGAGUAUUUAUGUAUAUGUUUGACGCGAGAGGCUAUGUUAGCGAGCAUUGGGUAAAAAGCAUAAUACCUGCUCCUAGCAGACGGGCGGUGCUGUAUCAUGGUUUCGGAGGAUUGGGUGGUUGGUUGUGGCGAAUAAGAAGCUUGCUGAGGCAGCAAAAGGGGCAAUGGGGAGUUGGACUCGGAAUGGUUGGAAUAAGGAACAACGAUGAGAAUGCGGAAAAGAGAGGUGGACGUGUGAAUUUAGGAGGUGAAGGAUGA